AUGACGGACCCCCUUUGGGGCCCGUACCAGGUUCUGGCCCUUGGGCACGUCCAGAGCCAGGCCGGGGUCCGUCAGCCACUGCAGCUGGAAGCGGCUGAUCUUGUCGGGGCUCUGAUGCACGAUCCACUUCCUGAGUUGCACAUGCUUCUUGUGAAGCAAGGGGAGUGGCCCUGCAGCUUUGCCGCGGCUGUGCAUGGGAAGUCCCCUUGCUUCACAAGAAGCAUGUGCAACUCAGGAAGUGGAUCGUGCAUCAGAGCCCCGACAAGAUCAGCCGCCUGCCUUCUUCGGCUGCCCUUUUUGGAAGCCGGGAAGCCUCGUAGCCUCGGUGUCCGCCCAACAGAGGCUUCCAGCUGCAGUGGCUGA